AUGUCGAACAGACUCGUCUAUGUUAAUUUCAAGUUCAAAACUCUGUUCAUUCUCAGACAACAAAUACCAUGCAUAUCAUCCACAUCACCAUUCUCCACUCGUCCAAGAAACAUCGAUCCUGGUCAACAGAUGAAAGUACUCAAUGACAAAAAGCAGUUCAAACAAACCAUUGAGUUGUUCGAGAGAAAAAAGAAGAAGAACAAGGAUCAACUGUCCAGUUUCAUCAUCGAUCAGGCGUUGAAAGCAUGUGUACAAGUGCGUGACUUUCGACGUGGACAAGAUAUUCAUCAGUUGGUUCAACAUCGAUUAUCAGCUGAUUCUUCGUUAGUGAAAUCUCUUAUCCAUUUCUACAUGCAAUGUCAUGAUAUGAACACAGCUGAAUCUCUAUUCCACAUUUCGACAAACAAAACGGUGUAUGUGUGUAGUGUAAUGAUGAAGGGAUACAUUGAAAAUGGGAAGCCCGAGAAAGCGAUUGAGAUUUUCAAAGGGGUAGACAAACCUGAUGCUGUUUUGAUCACACUUUUAUUCAAAGCUUGUGCUCAAGUACCAUCAGAGGAAUCGUUGAAUUUAGUGAAAAACAUCUGGAAGAGGUACCAAAACACACCUCUCCUCAAUUCCUACGUCUUGACAUCUCUGAUUGAUGCUCUAAUGAAAUGUGGGGAUGCCAAGGAUGCAGAAGCUGUUUUCAACGGCCAGUCAACUAAAGUGUUACCUAUGUAUGGAGCAAUGAUGAAAGGUUAUAUAGAUGACGAGAUGCCUCAGAAAGCGAUUGAUGUUUUCCAACAAGUCAACGAACCCGAUGCUGUUCUAAUCACACUUUUAUUCAAAGCUUGUGCUCAAGCACCAUCUGAAAAAUCGUUGGACUUGGUGAAAAGUAUCUGGAAGAAGUACCAAAAGACACCUCUCCUCAAUUCCUACGUCUUGACAUCUCUGAUUGAUGCUCUUAUGAAAUGUGGGGACGUGAAGGAAGCAGAGAUGAUUUUCAACAGACUCCCAACUAAAGUGUCAUCUGUUUUUCUUCACAUGUGCCAUUUCCUAUUUGCAGGAUAUAUCAAACAUAUGAUGCCAGAGAAAGCGAUUGAGGUUUUCAAAGGACUAGAAAAACCUGAUACUGUUCUGAUCAUACUGUUGUGCAAAGCUUGUGCUCAGGUACCAUCUGAGGAAUCGUUGAACCUCGUGAAGAACAUCUGGAAACAGUAUCAAAACACACCUCUUCUCAAUCCAUACAUCUUGACGUCUCUAAUUGAUGCUCUAAUGAAAUGUGGAGACGUCAAGGACGCAGAGGCAGUUUUCAACGGAUUCUCAACUAAAGUGUCAUCGAUGCAUGGAGCCAUGAUGAAAGGUUAUAUAGAUAACGAGAUGCCGCAGAAAGCGAUUGAUCUUUUCAUGCAAGCCAAUGAAUCUGAUGAAAUUUUGGUCACACUUUUGUUCAAAGCUUGUGCUCAAGUGGCAUCAGAAGAAUCACUGAACUUGGUAAAAAUUAUUUGGAAACAAUAUAACGCUAAAAUUGUCCAAAGCGAAAGUACACUAACCUCCCUUAUCAAUGCUCUCAUGAAAUGUGGCGACGUCAAUAAUUCAGAAACUGUUUUCGCCGAAUCGCGACACAAAUCGUUAUCGAUGUAUGGAGCAAUGAUGAAAGGAUACAUUGAAAAUGAAAUGUCGGAAAAAGCGAUUGAUCUUUUCAAACAAGUCGAAGAUCCCCGUGAAAUUAUCAUCACACUACUCUUCAAUGCUUGUGCUCAACUGCCUUCACAACAAUCGUUGAGUUUGAUCAAAACCGUGUGGAAGAAGUAUCAAAACACGGCUCUUCUCCAUGAACAUGCGCUGACUGCCUUAAUCGAUGCUUUCAUGAGGUGUGGGGAUGUUAAGGGAGCAGAGACGAUCUUCCACAAGUUACCACACAAAGUUCUACCCAUGUAUGGAGCUAUGAUGAAAGAUAUCAAAGCAACACAGUCAAAUUUCGUCAUUUAUCUACUUGCAAUCAAUGCAUCGGCACAAGUCGCCAUAGCAUCCGAAUGUCAGGCUAUUGUGGACGAAAUUCCACAACACAUCGUUUCUAAUAGCAAAAUAUCUAACGCUCUCAUAGAUAUGUGGGGUAAAGUUGGUUGUGUGCAAAAAGCUGAGCAAGUUUUCACCAAUCUCUCAUCGAUCGAUCAAGUCGGAUAUGCAUCAAUGAUUCAUGCUUAUGGCAUCAAUGGAAUGGGUGUGAAAGCAGUCGAACUUUUCCAUAAGGUUCCACGAUCGUUGCUUGCCGAUUCCACUUAUGUUUGUGUUCUCAAUGCAUGUUCACAUGCUGGACUCGUCGAUCAAGCUCGUUCGAUCUUCUCCAGCAUCGAACCGAAAACAGAAAAGCAUUAUGCGGCAAUGAUGGAUUGUCUGAGUCGAGGAUCAUUGUUCGAUGAAGCACAACAACUGAUCGAUCAAUAUGAACUACAUCAUCCGCCUUCACCUGUCAUGUAUAUGGCAUUACUGUCAGCUGCAAGAAAUCGGAGAAACAAACAGUUGGUCGAAAGCAUCCACCAACGGAUGAACAAGCUCUUUCCUCGCUCACCAGAUUUGAUCACAUCAGCCACAGUGUUACUUGCGAAUCUGUAUGGAUCGACCGGCGACGUGGACAAAGCGUCGAGUAUUCGAUCCGAACUAAGUAGAUCUGGUGCCAAGAAAAAGCCUGGUCUCAGCUGGACUGUAGUCAAUGGUGAACUAUAUCAAUUUCUUGCUCACGAUCGAUCUCAUCCACGAAGUGCCGAGAUCUAUGUGGAACUGGAGAAGAUCUCACGAGAACUGAUCGAACAUGGUCAUGAGUAUGACUCGUCAUGGAUCACGCGACCACUUGCAGAAGAUGAAACGAUCGAAUCAGUUCUUUGUGGGCAUAGUGAGAAGCUUGCAAUAGCUUGGAACUUCGUGGCUAAUGCCGACACAACAUUCAUUCAAAUAACGAAGAACUUGCGUGUGUGUGGUGACUGUCAUCAGGCCACGAAACUGAUCGCUGCCAUCCGACGGUGUCACAUAGUGGUUCGUGAUGCAAACCGAAUUCAUCAUUUUGAUCCGGAUGGUCACUGUUCAUGCAAUGAUUAUUUCUGA